UGCCUAUUCCAUGGAUUUCCCGAUUUCCCCCAUCUAACCUAAAAAACUUUUUUUAAUGUCCGUCUUGAUACCAUAGUUUCUUAAUUCAUGCUGCGAUAACAAAAAAUCCGACGCCUCAAAUGCAUGACCCUACCAAAAUUACUACAUGACUGCCUCACUGUCAGUCGGGAUUCGGCGUCCCCCUCGGCCAUUCAUGAUUGUCAAGUUUCUUUUUUAUUUUUCAAUUUUUAAAUUCAAAACAAGUUAACGGAUUUUUUUAAUAAACUGUAUUAUCACGAAUUUCUCAGGAGUUAAAACAACGGUAAUUUGAGAUCAGGAAUUUAAUUCGGGUCGAUAUAUGAGCCCGAUUUCAUUAAUCGCGGACAUUGCAGGAACGGCUGAAUAUUUGUAGAAUCCGGGAGAACUAAAAUAUUAUUUUUCAGGACAAUUUCGAAUUUUUCUCUUAUAAAGAUCAUUUCGUUGUUGUACUUUAGGGACAAUAAACAAAGUAAUGGAAAAGUGGUGUAUUAUUGAAUUUGAUUGUUCAGUGAUUAUGAGGAAUUAGGCUUUUUUUUUAGUGAAAGUUUUAGUGGCGCCUUUAAUCAAUUUAUGACUGGUCCUGUCAUAAACACAUGGUGAGAUGCCACGAGUUCCUUAUUCCUUUUCCCAUCCAAGCUGACCUGUAUACUGACCAGCUGAAAAAAAAGUCACACGUCGACACAGUUUAUAAAAUAUUGUGAAUAAGGAAGAUUGCCGAGAAAAACAACAUGUCAGGUGAAACGUACGAGAAAGCCAAGAAGCGAGCUAUGUCGAUUUGUGCGAACGUUUCAUAUCAAGACCACAAUGUUUCGCGAGCCAAACGGGGAGAAUCUCUCGGAUUUACAAAAGGGUUUCGAGGAUGUACAGUUUGGCUAACUGGGCUUUCGGGCGCAGGAAAAACUUCCAUAGCUUUCCAAGUCGAAGCUUAUCUUGUGAAUCGAGGAAUUGCGGCUUAUGGCCUCGAUGGGGACAACAUAAGAAAAGGAUUAAAUAAAAAUCUCGGAUUUAGUGAGGAAGACAGGACAGAAAAUAUCAGAAGGGUAGCAGAAGUCGCGAAACUUUUUGCAGACAGUGGACACAUUUGUCUUUGCAGUUUUGUCUCCCCUUUUGAAAAAGACAGAAUAAUGGCGAGAGAAAUUCACGAGGAGGCUCAACUUCCUUUUUUUGAAGUUUUUAUUGACACUCCUCUCAACGUUUGCGAAGCGAGAGACACGAAAGGACUUUAUAAAAGAGCACGAUUAGGACAAAUAACCAAAUUUACAGGAAUUGAUCAAGAAUAUCAGAUUCCAAAAAAAUUUGAUCUUAGUGUUAAGACCGAAAAUCUGACGAUUGAAGAAUCAGCAUCGACUGUGAUCGAUCUUCUCGAAAAGAAAAAAAUAAUUCCGAUUCUUCCAAAACCUUGGACGCCUAUAAAAGAAUUAUUUGUUCCCGAAUCGAGAAGAAAAUCUGCGAGAAGUGAAGCUGAAAAACUUUGCAGUCUCGAGAUUUCGGAAAUUGAAGUACAAUGGCUGCAAAUUUUGGCUGAAGGAUGGGCUGAUCCUCUGAAUGGAUUUAUGAAAGAGGAUCAGUAUCUCCAAGUCCAACAUUUAAAAACUAUCACAGAAAAUGGAGUCGAAGUUAACCAAUCAGUUCCAAUUGUUCUCUCGGCAUCCACGGAUGAUAAAAAUCGGCUCGAGGGAAACUCGUCAAUUUGCUUGAGACACGAUGGAAAACCUCUUGCGAUUUUGAAAAGUCCAGAAUUUUAUUUUCACCGAAAAGAAGAAAGAUGUGGAUGGCAAUUUGGAACGACAAAUCCGGGGCAUCCUUAUGUGAAAUUAAUUCAAGAAUCCGGCGAUUGGUUAGUGGGCGGAGAGAUUGAAGUUUUAGAAAAAAUCAGGUGGAAUGACGGACUCGAUGAUUAUCGAUUAACGCCGAACGAAAUUAAAAUUAAAUGCAAGGAGAUGAAUGCUGAUGCGGUUUUUGCAUUUCAGUUGAGAAAUCCGAUUCAUAAUGGUCACGCUUUUCUAAUGCAGGAUACAAGAAGAAGGCUUUUGGAAGAAAAGGGAUACAAAAAUCCGGUUUUACUUCUUCAUCCAUUGGGAGGAUGGACGAAGGAUGAUGAUGUGCCCUUGAAAACGAGAAUUGCUCAACACAAGGCAGUUCUUGAUGAAGGAAUUCUCGAUUGGAAUUCAACUUUGCUGGCCAUUUUUCCCAGUCCUAUGAUGUACGCGGGUCCAAUCGAGGUUCAGUGGCACGCAAAGGCCCGAAUGAACGCAGGAGCAAAUUUCUACAUAGUAGGAAGAGAUCCUGCAGGAAUUCCUCAUCCUGAUCCAAAUUCUACUCCCGACGGAAAUUUGUAUGAUUCUACGCAUGGCGCUAGAGUUCUUUCAAUGGCAAGAGGUUUGCGAACUUUGGAAAUAAUUCCAUUUAGAGUUGCAGCUUAUGAUUUGAAAAAUAAAAAGAUGGCUUUCUUCGAACCAGAAAGGAAACAGGAUUUCGAUUUUAUGUCUGGCACCAAAAUGAGAAAUCUCGCUAAAAAUAAUCAAGAUCCACCCGAUGGUUUCAUGGCGCCAAAAGCUUGGAAGAUUCUCGCAGAAUAUUAUCAAAGUUUAAACUAAUAGUUAGUACUAAAUUAAGUGAUAGUUCAGAGAAGUAUUUUUUUUUUAAACUUAUUCUCAAAGUUCUAUAUUUUUCUUUUUUAUUGUUAACUAAUUUUUUAUAUUCUAGACGGGAGAAAAUAUCAAUAGGUUUUAGACAUUAUGACGAGCUGCAAUUUGUAGAGAAUUUGUUAUUUUUAUUAUAAAUUAAAUAUAUAUUUUUUAAAAAAUAUUAAGGGGAUGGGAAAUUUUUGUAUAAUUUUGUAGAUCAAAGGGAAUUUACCAACGACAAAGUAUUAUAAUUGUAAUUUCUAUUUUGACAGCAAAGGCUUUUUUAAGAAGCGUUGAAAAAAUGU